AUGGCAGCAGCAAACGGACACCUCCACCCCUCCAUGAACUGGGAUGCCGAUGACCUANGCUGGCUCGCAUCACUGAAUUUGGGAUCCAACAAGAUAACCAGCCUUAAGUUUGGUACACUCUCAAAUCUACCCGAGCUCCAGACGUUGAUCAUUAACUCCAACCAAAUAUCCAGGAUUGAUGUAGGUGCAAUCUCAAACCUACCCAAGCUCCAAAAGUUGUAUCUUAAUUCCAACCAAAUAUCCAUUAUUAAGCUCUGGUGGUUGGAGCUGCAGCACAACAACAUAAAUAGCAUUCAGGCUGGUGCAUUCUCAAACCUACCCGGGCUCAAACGGUUGUACCUGCAGUGCAAUAAGUUAACCAGCAUUCAGCCUGGCACAUUCUCAAAUCUAAACAGCCUUUUGUAUCUGUGGAACAACCCCUGGCAGUGUGACUCCUGCUGGUCACCAAUUGCAAAGCGCAAAUAA